AUGUACAAUUGCACAAAUUACCUUAAUUGUCAACCAUUUAGAAGAGAUCUUUCACCAGGGAGAUACAAACUUGAAGCAUGGGGUGCACAAGGAGGCAAUGUCACGUAUGAUGGAACAUUAUAUGAAGGCGGUAAGGGUGGUUAUGUCAGUGGUGAGCUCGAUCUUACUCAGCAAACAACUCUUUUUAUUUUCUGUGGUGAAAUGGGAACUACUGAACAAGGAACAUAUCAUCCAGAAUAUGGUAGUUUUUCUGGAUAUGAGACACGAAACACAUUUGGUGGAGGAGGGCGAGGGUAUGGAUAUACAGGUACUAAAUUCUAUCCAUCAUCAGGAGGAGGGAUGAGUUUCAUUUCGAUUAGCGAAGCUAAAAAUGAAAGUGGAAUUCUUUUUGCCGGUGCUGGUGCUGGAUCUGGUGCUGGAUCAAUAAGAUAUACAUAUGGUGGAUAUGGAGGAGGAGUUUCAGGAGGAUCUGGAUCACCCUGUGGAAAUACGUGUGGUUCAGGUGCCACUCAAACAAGUCCUGGAACAAACACUCAAAAUUCUGUCAGAAAAGGUGGCAAAUUUUAUGGAGGAAAUUGUGGACAAGAUGCUGGAUGGUCUACAGGAGGUGGUUCUGGUUAUUACGGCGGUGCUGGUGGAGGUGGUGCUGGUUCUUCUGGAGGUGGGGGAAGUUCAUUCUUCGAUACUUCAUUUAUCAAAAACGGAAAAACAAUUGCAGGUUACGAAGAAAUGCCUUCACCUUUUUCACUGACAGAAAAUAUCACUGGAAACCGAGGUCAUGGAUACGUCAGAAUUACACCUCUUUGUGGCACUGCACCUUUACCCCGUUGUCGUGUUAAAAGAUUCACAUUUUUCCAUUCCAAAAAAGGUUUGAUUAGAAUUCUCCACAUACGCACAUGUUGGAAAUAA